CAGGCGUCAGCGCGACUGUGAGCCGGGACCCGGGAAGGAAAACAGUGUUAAAAACAAAGUUGACGGAGGUAGAUUAACGACAGGAUCUCCGCUCACAUCAUCAAUGGCACUGCCUCGUGUAGUGGACCGUCAUUACCACAGGAAGCCUUUGCUGUCAAGAAUAGAAAAUGAAUGUCACCACCAUGAAUGUGCAGUAAAAUGAAAGGUUUUAUGGACACUGUGUUUUAAGUUACCGCGACUAAACCAAAGAACUGGGGAGACAGUGGACUGUGACUGAGGUAUAACACAGAAAAGUUGAUAAGAGAGUUUACGAGUGAGGAGAAGCAGUGAGAGGCAGGAUGGAGAAGUUCCUAGAACACAUAGGAGAGUUUGGGAGAUACCAGCAGGGGAUGUUCGUGCUUCUGUCACUUCCCACCAUCAUCGUUGCCAUGCAGAAGCUGGCCUGGGUGUUCCUAGGUGCCCGUGUCGACCACAGGUGUCGACUGCCAUGGGAGAGCGACAACGCCACCUUUCCUCUGGAUGAUCUUAUGAAGAAUGUGUCGCUGCCCUGGGACGACCAGAAGAUGGGCUAUGACCAGUGCCACAUGUGGAGUGACGUAACUUUGGAGCCACCAGCACGUCCCAAUGAUAGCCAGAAAUUGAAUUGUGAUGCCAUUGUCUAUGACACGUCCAAGUACCAGACCAGUGCUGUCAUUGACUACCAACUGGUGUGUGAGCGGGCCUGGCUGAGAGCUACAGUUCAGUCUGUCUUCAUGGUGGGGAUGCUCGUCGGCUCCUACCUGUUUGGUGACCUCUCCGAUAGGUUUGGACGUAAGCCAGUCUUCCUCUCCGCCCUGGUAUUGAUGGUGGUGGUUGGGCUGGGUCAAGCUGUCAUCCCAGACUACUAUGUCCUCACCAUCCUAAGGUUCAUCCUUGGUGCCUCUCUCCAAGGAGUCUUCCUCGUCGCCUAUGUCAUGGCCAUGGAGCUGGUUGGCAAGAAGCGGCGGGUGUUGGUGGGGGUGCUGGCUCAAGCCUUCUACACGCUGGGCUUCUUUACUGCCGCCGCCUUAGCCUGGAGUAUAACCUCCUGGCGCUGGCUCCAGAUCAGCAUGACUCUCCCGGCACUGCUUUUUAUACCCUACUACUGGAUCAUCCCAGAGUCCUCUCGCUGGCUCAUCACCAAGGGCAGGAUAUCUGAGGCUCGCAUCAUUCUGGAGAAGGCUGCCAAAGUCAACAAGAAAGAGGUGACAGAGGAUGCAAUGUUGCAAGCGUUGGAAGUGUCGGGUGUGGGUAAGGAUGGCGGGAAGGGCAACUUCUUUGACCUCUUUCGUUACCCAAACCUACGCAAGAAGACCAUCAACCUCUUCUUCAAUUGGUUUGUCAACAGUGGCGUGUACUAUGGGUUGUCACUCAACACAGGUAACCUGGGAGGCAAUGACUACAUCAACUUUGUCAUCAGUGGGGCAGUGGAGCUGCCUGCCCAUGCCAUGACCAUCUUCCUGCUGGAUCGUGUGGGACGCCGUAUACCGCUGUGUGUCUUCCUGUGUCUGGGGGGCCUAGCACUGUUGUCUACCAUGUUCAUACCCUCAGGUCUGCCAUGGUUGGUGAUCACACUGGCUAUGACAGGAAAGCUGUGCAUCACGGCCUCUUAUGCCAUAGUCUACGUGCUGACAGCCGAGAUCUUCCCCACAGUAGUGAGGAACGUGGGCGUUGGCUCCUCUUCCAUGGUGGCUCGUGUGGGUGGGGCACUGGCACCCUUCAUCAAUGUUCUGGGUGACCAGUGGCAACCUCUCCCUCUACUGAUUUUUGGGUCCAUGUCACUCUCAGCAGGGGUGCUGACACUCCUCCUGCCUGAGACUCUGGGACAACAACUGCCUGAGACAAUCAAGGAUGGCGAAAACUUUGACAAGAAGUGGAAGUCAGAUGAGACAACAGCAAAGGGAGGUGCAGAACAGCUGGAGGUACUCAGAGAGAGCCAGCAGGAUGCUCCUAUAUCACCACAGGACCAACAGACUGACCUGGUAUUUGCUCUGGAUACAACGCGUCAUGAUAGUAAGAAAAGCCGCCGAUUCACGCUGAUCUUUUGUCACCUUAAUGUCAAAACCAUCGACAACCUGUGUGUUAACCACCGCCUGAAGACAUGUCGCCUCAGGCAGGCUGCAAAGAAAUUCAACCAGAAUACAAGUCUUCAAGUGGAGGAAUGUGGAUGGAAGAGGCCUGGCUGGCUGGCGUGACUGCAUGAGGGCGGGCAGACGCCGGGACAGCAGGGAGAGGCUGGCAAUGUGGGUGUUGCCGACCUCAGUGAAAUAUAAACUUUUUUAUUUACUUGUAAAUAAAAUGUUUUUGUAUA